UCACCAGGCACGACAGUGGGCUCCGAGUCAACUGGCAUGACCGCUGGCACUGGGUCAGACAUUGAAUCGUCUGGCUGGACAGCGGGCAUCGGGUCACCAGGCAUCAGGUCAUUUGGCUCGACAGCGGGCACCGCGUCAUCUGGCAAGGCAGUGGGCUCCGAGUCAACUGGCAAGGCAGUGGGCUCCGAGUCAACUGGCAUGACCGCGGGCACUGGGGCAGACAUUGAAUCGUCUGGCUGGACAGCGGGCAUCGGGUCACCAGGCAUCAGGUUAUUUGGCUCGACAGCGGGCACCGGGUCAUUUGGCUUGCCAGCGGGCACCGCGUCAUCUGGCAAGGCAGUGGGCACCGGGUCACCAGGCAUUGGAUCGUCUGGCUCGACAUCGGGCAUCGGGUCACCAGGCAUCAGGUCAUUUGGCUCGCCAGCGGGCACCGCGUCAUCUGGCAAGGCAGUGGGCACCGAGUCACCAGGUAUGACAGCGGGCACCAGGUCAUCAGGUACCGGAUUGUCUGGCUCGACAGCGGGCAUCAGGUCACCAGGCCUAAUAGGAUCGUCAGGCUGGAUCAGUUCAUCAUGCUGGGUAGAGGCAUCAGGCUGAAUGCAGGCAU